CAGACAGUGUGCUGGGUCACUUCUUGCAGGUGAGCACGUCUAUUGGUGAAAGUUUCGAUUUAUUAUUUACUUAUACAUGACGCCGGUUACCUUGAAAAGAGACAUUUUUAUUGUUUAUCUCAUUAGUUCCUUCAAUUAGCGUUUAUAGCUACAUUUCCUUUUUUUUUUAAAUUUAUUAUAAUAGUGCGAGGUCGAAUAAGUAUCUUAUUGCGCUUCUGUCUAAUAAUGAUACGCGUUGACUGAUGAAACUCCGCUUAUUGUUUAUAUGGGCAAAAGAAAGUGAUACCAAGGAAAGUAAAAUGAUAUAUCUUGUAUGCUCCAUAGUCCUAUUCGGGGGAGUAGCGGUGUCUAGUCAGCAACAUCAGCAAGAAAUCAAUCUGCCCGCCUUCAACGAUUUCUCACCCCCCGAAGAAGUUAAUGGCUACUUAAAUGCGAACCCGAAGGUUCAAAGGUCAUUUGAGGUGGGAUCUGGCAGGUCAGAAGAGGAUGCGAUCCAAGAGGUCGAGCGACUCAUCGAGGCAGAUCCGGGACUUCCCAGACUGACCAGGGGCGAAAUCCUGGAUAUUCUGGAUAAUAUUACGAAGCAGGAUGAGAGGAAUUUACUGGACAGUAUUUCUCAGGAUUCUUUCAGGGAUCCUAAAGCUUUGAUGGUGGUUAAGGCUUAUACCCCCUUGGGGUCCGGAGAGGUUAAUGUGGAGGAGUUUUACACUAAACCUCCUAUUAUAAGUAUAGUGGAUAGUGAGGAGGAUUUUCAGACAGCUAAACCAGUAGGGCCUAGUAGUACUACUACUUCUAAGAGUUCGAUAAGGAGGAACCCUGUAAAAACUAGUCAGGAGAAAAAACCUUAUGGAGGUUCUACUAAAAAACCUUAUAGAGGCAAUACGGUGUUUAAGUCAAGAACGACUGCUGCCACAACAGAGCCCACCACUCACGAUUACACUAAACCCACUGUGAACUAUAGAGAACCAUCUGAAACACCCAAAAGAAGGAGACAAAGAAUUUCCACCACCACUACAACAACGACUCAACUACCAGCAACCACUUAUAGACCGAGACGCAGACCACCUGUGAGAAAAGAGCCGAAGUACCCGAACCACAAGUACCCGGGGGAUUUGCCCUCCAGGUACCCCCCCGAAGGCAUCAGAAUAGUCCGGCCACCCGCCAUAAGACAGUCGCCGUCCGAACUUAACGCGGAACUGGAGGAUCUUUUACCGCAAGAAGUUGAAACCCAAGAGACUGUAGUGGAGGUGCCCGGUAGUACCAGGAGACCGCCGGGUAGUUCUGAGAUGCACUUCGGGUCGCUUUCUGAGCCGUCUAUUGAACUUGAGAUCCCCGAUCAUCUGAAGAAGGUGGUGGCCGAUUUAAAUUUGGCGGCAAUCAAGGACUCGACCAAUCAAAUAAACGCGGUGUUGCCGCCACCACAUUUAAAUAAAAACGAGGCGGAAAAGGCCGAAGAGGUUUUGGCCUCGAUCGGGGGGCCGUUUUUGCCGCCCCGAUCGGCCGCCCCCAACGCGAACGUCAUGGCCGACAAUUUAAGUCCAGACAUGCAGAAACUGUUGAAGAGUUUUGGUUUGCUUCCGGAUGACCAUAAGACCAAUAAAACCGUGGAUAUUCCCGAUUUUAAUCCGGAAAAAGCGGAAAUUCACCCGGAAUCUUAUGUGGGGUUUAAGCCCUUACCGGAGGACAGCGAGAGCAGUAAAAACAUGGAGGAGUUCCUCGCCCAGUUUGGAUUAAUAAGCAACAGAGAUGGCAAGUCGUUAAAAAAGGGUAAAAGUCUACUGCCAAACGUUGACCCGAAAAACGUGAAAAUCGAGCAAAUAUCCCUGGAUACGGUGCCGGACGAUCUAAAGCCGCUGCUACAAGAAAUGGGCUUUGGAGUGCGCGGGAGCAGGAAGAUCCGGGAGCAACCCUCGGGAAACUCGGCUGAGGCAAGUUCUGAUGAAAAAACUCCAGGUUUUGGUGGAAAAGUGGAUCCAGGAGAGGAGUACGUUCCCGAGGAAGAUGUGAAAAAAUUGGGAAGAUUGGUGGAAAUUUUGAAAAAGCUGGAACAAAUUAACGGCACGAUUACCGAAGACGAUAUGGCCCAAGCCGAUAAACAGGAACUAAAAGAGCUGAUAACCAGCCUGAACCGAGCGGCACAAGAGGAAAAGAACCCUGUACCAUUGUCUGAACAGUUGGGACCGAACCCGCACGAAUUCGAUUUCGGAUUGAAGAAAAACGAGAUAAAGAGACAAGAAGGCGCCGCUGGUACUACUACGGAAGAAACCGUGGAAACUGUCACUGCAGAGAGUUUACCUGAAGAAACCAAGACGCCAUCUAUAAAAGAUCUGGAAGAUUCUUUCGGGGGUGCAACUGAACCGUCCACAACAGAAUCCGUGCCAGAUCCGACGACAACGAGACGAAGCGGAGUUUACUACCUCCUCGAUUGGAACACCUUCUUCGAAAUCGACGAUCAAAAGGGCAAAAGGGUCAACUUGCGGUUGCAGCCCAAAGUUGGUGACCCCAAGAGGUUUUAUAGCGUUAACGUGCCGUAAUGUAAAUUAUCUGUUUUAAUGUAUUAAUUGUAGUUGAUUAGUUUAGUUUUUUCUCUACUGAAGAGAGAACGAGAAUUCUGCACAAUUGGUUGUGGGAAAAAUCGUUCUCUCUCUUUCGGUUUGAUUUGCUAUGGCAAGUUAGUGCGUCGAUUUACGCAUGCAUUCAAAGCCUUAGUUGACUGGACCUGUAUAUUUUUUUAAGGAUUUGUGUAGUUUUAAUUAAUAAUAUGGCAUAUGUAUGUAAAGAAUAAAUUUGAUUAAGACAUUUC